CGCGAGAUCGGUACCACUACUACUGACCAGUACUUACUUGUCCGUCUUUUUUGAAUUUAUAUUUAAAAAGAAUUUAAAGUUAAUUCCUUUAGAGGUUAUGCGUAAUCGUAAAAAGUGUCGGAGGUGUGGUAAUCGAGAUGCGAUAAUAAAGUAAACUAUUAGGUUAGUAAUGAUAAUUAUUUUUGGAUUCUCUCAAUUUAUAACAUUUGACUCUUAAGAUUAACGGAACAACAUUAGUGUCGGAGGUGUGGUAAUCGAGAUGCGAUAAUAAAGUAAACUAUUAGACGCUCCAGCCAAAUCACUUUGACAAAAGCGAAUAGAGAUAUAAUGUUAAGAACAAGGAGACGUGAUAACAACGUCAAGCCAAACAGAAGGGAUUCCAGUUUUAAGUCUAGGUUAGAUAGAAAAUCUUCGAGGGGAAUGUUGUACGAAAAUGAGGAGCUCAGAUUGAAAACUAUCAAUAUCAAUGCGGAAAUUGAGAGAGGUCAAUCUGACAUAAAGAAAUUGAAACGUGAGAACGAAAUGCUGAAAAAAGAAAUAUGGUGCCUGCGAGACGAAUACGAAAAACUAGACAAAUUGCUCAAAGACAAAAAGAUCGACUUUUCAGCUUCGUCUACAACGUACAGUAGUUCUAGCGAAUCGGAAAGUUGCUCAAGUUGUACUGAAGAAUCUGAAGAAGUCGAAACGUCGCAAAAUUUGAAAAACGUCCAAAGAACCAAUAUGAAAAAUAUACGCGAUCAAUUCGAUCAUUUGUCCAUAGUCACCGAGGAAACUUCGUGCUGUGAAAAUUCCGACAAAAAUUCUACAAGGCAUUCAUUUCCCAACGACCAAAAUGACAACCUGAUGUGGACUUACGACAAUAAUGACGUCAUAAAGCCUGACCAAAGCUAUCCCAUUUACGGUACAGUCGUGCAACAAAACAAAUCUCAAACUUUGCCCAAUCAAAAUAUGCCCGAUAUGAAUUAUUUUACUCCGAUUCAACAUUCGAAGAGCUGCGAUGAUAAUCAUUUUAAUCAGGUUCAUCAAGGACCAUUAUACCCGGGUGACUUCUACACCCCGCCACUGUCCUGUCAAAAUGGUAUUAUGGACUCGCAAACACCCCCAAUAGCUAUCUCCCCAAGUCUGACGCCCUUGUACGAAAAUAACCAGCAGGUGGUUUUUCCCGAACAUAACAAUUGCGAAGCGGAAAAUUUCCUAAGCAAAAAAAUAGUCCAUACUAAUGCCAAUAAUUUCUAUCAAAAUAUGGUGCUUGUGCCAAAGAACCUCGAUCCACAGCCAGAAGCUACAACAAUGGAGAAAAAAGCUACUGAUCUAAUUGUGAAAAUCGACAAUCAAAAUUUCAAUAAAAACUUGACUUAUAGCAAUACAACGCCGAGUACUACGUUUUCCAAUGGAGGGAAUUUGGAGGAGUUGCUACACGAUAUUGAGUCUAUUUCACAGAGGGGCCUCCCCAAUCCGCAUCAGCAACCCUCCGGCAUGGUGAAUCCGGACUUUUUCAAUCCAGAAUUGCAAGGGCGCGAUUUGACUUAUUCGCAAAAUCCAGUUAUGGAUCAUUUGAUGGAAGGACUGAGCGGGAGCCAGGAAAGAUUACAUAAAAGCGAACUCAAUGUUGUGCUUAUGCCUAAAGCUAUGCCACUUAUUGGGUUUGAUAAAUAUAAAAACAUGCAAAGGAGUUUUGAGCAUUUAGAGUCGAUGUCUGCUUCCCAACAAAACUUGUGCCUAAUUCCACCAAACACAGGCGAAACAGAAUUAUCCAGAGACUCGUCCAGGCAAAAUCUCAAUGUGACAAUGGAAAACGAUCCAGCAAAUUUUACUGGAAAAUCAGAUUCUGCUAGCAAAGAAUCCAAUCCCUUUUUCUUUGGUAAUUUGAAUGACAACUAUGUGAAUUCGGAUUAUUUCAGUAGGAGGUAUAAUCCGGAUAAUUUUAUUCAGAAAGAGGAGCAGGAAGGGGAUAAAAGGGACAUAGCAGGUACUCAAGAAAUCGAUACUUCAAAACCAAUGGAAAAUAACGAAAAUAUCAAAUUGAAAACAUCAAAGUCUGACAGCAAAGCGGAACCACCGCCGAAAUCGCCGAAAAUGAGUAUAACCAGGAAGGUUUCUAUACAUUUUAAGGGCAAAAAGGAGAAAGAAAAAUUGAAAAAGUUGGCAACAGGUGGCGGCAGUUCCGAAUCGAAAAGUACCAGUUCGAAAAGUGCUCAAGAGGGACGAAAAUCAUCUGUAUUUGAUUUCAAAAUUAAAGACAAACCAGAAUCGCCACCAAAAUCUAAAGACAAAAACGACAAAGUUGCUCACCAUCAGAAGACUCCCAGUAUCGAAUCGAAAAAAUCGACCACCGAAACGUCGAAUUUCGAUCCGAAAACGCCAAAUUCUUCGGAAAGCGAUCGCAAAACUGUAAUGGAUAAAAAGGAAAGUAAAAAGGAGGAGAGGAAGAGCAGGAAAAGUCAAUCGGUCAGUCCAGAUAGAGUCAAACAUGUUCAUCUGUUAACUGAUUCACAAAAGAAACACAAAAAACAACGACGAGAACGUUCUGGAGGAUCCAGAAUACUAAGACGUGGUUCCACAAUGGAUCAUCGUACAAGGGAACGCUCCUAUUCGAUUUGUACUGACAGAUCUGCUAUGAAUGGUGCAGGUUUGGGUUAUGGUACCUUUAUAUAUGAGGAUUAUAGUGAUCGGGAACGGUCUAACAGUGGGUCGUCUUGUGAUUCGCACGAAAACCCUAGGAAAAUGUCCACUAUUUCCAAUGUACCGCUCAAUGGCAAGGUUCCUUGGUGCGGAUGUUGGGGAAAUGGGUGCUUGUGACAGACACUUAUUUUAGUGUUGAUCAUUCCAAAGUUUGUUCACUACUUUUGAUGUACAUAUCUAUUUUGUAUUUUCAAUUGAGCAAAAGACAUUUUAAGCUCAGUUUUAUUACAAAAAU